UUGGCAAACCUAAAAAAAAAAAGAUUAUCACGGCGAGACGAACAUUUUCUUUACAACUCAAUUAAUACGACGUAUGUUGGGUUUUCCUGGAUGAAGGGACGUAACUCCAAUUGUCUUACUACAACACUCCAGAUGGCAGCUGCAGCUUCGACACGUUUCUGUUACAAUUGAGGAACGAAUUUUGUUAUAAGUAAAAACAUUCUGGAAAGUAAAACCUCAAGAGGGAAACAUGUUCCGGUUUUUCUUCGAUUCUUUUUUCGAUGACAAUAAUCGGAGGCAAGAUGAUCCAUUUUCCAACUCAAACGAUGGCUCUCAAAGGAAUGGCUUUGACUCUUUAUUUCACCACUUUGAUUCACAAGUACAAAAUCAGAUGGAAGAGAUGCAACAACACAUGAAUGAUGUGAUGAGAAAUUUAGGUUCCAUAGAAUACACACAAAUACCAUCCCUUGAUUCAGAAGAUGCAAACUCUCCAAGAUCCCUCCGUGAUGCAAUGUUAAAAGAUUCCAGUCAGCCAGCUGUCUCUACACCAGAUUUCUCCCCAAGAUCCCUGCCUCAGAUAAGAGCACCACAGCAAUCCACAGCACAUACCCAAGGCACACAGAGCUGCGCUCGGUAGUGAAAUGAAAGCACA